AACUUUCAAACAAAAACCUCUCUCUCUCUCUCGAAAUUCGAAAAGCCCUAGCUUACUUGUAAGCUUCAGUUCCUCGCUGCUCACGCCCCCACCCGCCCUUACGAUGCUCCCCCAUUCGUACACCUUUGAUUCCCAAUCCAAGUCCAAGGAUCUCGCCGACGCCAUCCUCGCCGCCACCUCUCCGUCCCAAAUCUCCUCCACCUGCGCUUCUAUCGAGUCCUUCCUGCUCUCGCACUCACCCGACCAGUCCCGCCACUUCUUCUCCCUCGCCUUCCCAACCCUCAUCUACAAGCUCUUCUUCGGCCUCCCCGACGCCACCUCAUCCUCUUCCAAGCCCCGCCCAUCCAACGGCUGGAUCGACAGCGUCCUCUCAUCCAACGACCCUGAUUCCGCCAACGCCAUCUUCUCCCUCCUCUCCCCCUCCGGCGUCCUCCUCCACUCCAUCUCCGCCGUCGAUCGCCUCUCCCUCGUCAAAUACGUGUUCCCCAUCGAACGCCUCCCCGAGUGGGCCCGCUUCGCCAUCUCCUCCGGCAAAGAUGCCCCAGCCCUCUCCGAUCUCUGCCCCUUAUUCACAGCCAAACUCAUAGAAGACCCAAUCAAGCCCUCCUCUCAUCAAAUCCAGCUCCAUGUCUUCGAGUACUACCUCUUCUGGUUCGCUUAUUAUCCUGUUUGCAAAGCCAAUUCCGACAAUUCCGAUUCCGUCUCCACCAAAAGAGCUAGGAAAUUCAGGUUGGACAAUUGGACUUCCUCCAUCCCCGGAUUCUCUAAUCCGAAGCGCGGAAAUGACCAAAGAAUUGAGUGCAAUCUUUAUGUUCGACUUCUCUACGCGUAUCUUCGCGCGUUUGUGCCCAUUUACGAUUUCAAUGCGCUCCAACCCUACCGGAGCUCCUUGCUUCACUACGCGUCCGGGUGCGAUGGAUCGCUUACGAUGCGCGCGGAGUUUGUUGUGAGCGCUUUUAUGCAUUUCUGGUUAGUUGACAACGACUUCUCGCCAUUUCCGGUUGGCCUGUUGAAAUCAUUCGGCGUUUCCUUUCCGUUUCGGUCGGUCUCUGGGGAUACCCCGCCGCCGGCGUCCGGUUUGGGGGAGGUCGUGAAGUUGUUCGUCAAAUACUUGAAUUUGAGCUCCGGGGACGGGACUGAAGAGCGUGGUGGUGAAAGUUGUGGGACUCCGAGGUGGAGGGUGUCGAAUUCAGGUUCGCUCGAUGCUGCGAAGUCGAGGGAUGUGCCCAUGCCGAUGCAUCCGGCUGGGUCGUGGAACGUGUGGAUUCAGAGGCCGCUCUAUCGUUUUGUACUGAGGACGUUUUUGUUUUGCCCGGUUGGGACGUCGAUUAAGAAUGCCUCGGAGGUGUUUGAUAUUUGGGUUAGCUAUAUGGAGCCUUGGACGAUCAGCUGGGAUGAUUUCACGGAGCUGGACGCUAUCGUGGACGGUUCUAGAAAGAGGAAGGAGGAUUCUGGGUGUCGAGGUUGUGGAUAUGGAUAUUCCCCUGCUUGGCAGGGUUAUGUGUUGUCUAAUUACCUGUAUUACAGUUCAUUGGUAAUGCAUUUCAUCGGGUUUGCUCACAAGUUUCUUCACACUGACGUGGAAAUUGUUGUCCGGAUGGUGUCGAAGGUUAUGUGCAUAUUGACGUCAUCUAAAGAGCUGACUGACCUUAUAAAGAACGUGGAUACUGUUUUUCAUUCCAAACAAGCUGGAUCAGGCAAAUCAAUGCUUAAUAGCUUAUACAGAUUUGUUCCUUCAAUUCGUGAACAGUUGCAGGAUUGGGAGGAUGGCCUAUGUGAGAGUGAUGCUGAUGGAUCUUUCUUGCAUGAGAACUGGAAUAAAGAUUUACGACUCUUUGAUGAUGGGGAAGAUGGUGGAAGACGACUGCUUCAGUUGUUUAUAUUGCGAGCAGAAGCUGAGUUACAAGCAAUUUCUGGUGAUAACCUUGCAGACAACCUUAAGUGUAUAGAUUCAUUGAAAGCACAGGUGAGCUACUUGUUUGGUGGCGAUCCGGUAAGGAGGCUGUCAUUUUCCCCAGAAGCGCAACAGCACUCCCAAUCCCGAUAUGAUAUAUUCAAGCCUCGAAGAGUUGGGAACGACACAGUUUCAGAAAUCAAAUACAAGGGUGACUGGAUGAGGCGCCCAAUCUCUGAUGAUGAGGUUGCAUGGCUUGCAAAACUGCUGGUCAAGUUAUCUGCUUGGCUGAAUGAGAGUCUUGGACUGAACCAGGCAGAGAGCGGCCAAGAGGAGCGUAAGUGGUCGUAUGUGGAGGUGUCAGGUGAUGCGGGCAAUGUAUGCGGGCCGACAGAGACGGUGAAGGUGGUUAUAUGUGCUAUUGCUUCUUGGCUUCUCAUUUUGGGGGUGGCGGCAGUGAGGCUAAUGAGAAAACAUGGUCUGAGAGUGAACCUUAGGAUGUUAGCCUCAAAAAAGAUUGUGAUGGUUUUACUUUUGUCCGCUGUAUUUAGUGUACUGAAGAAAGCUUUUGGACUACUGUUUCAUAGGGUAUAGAAGAAGAAAAAUUGCAGAAUGGAAAAGGUAUAAAAAUAUAUGAAAAAAUGUAAAGCUUUUUUUCACAGGGUACUUUUGUUUCCCCUUGUAAGUACGAGAGACGUGGAUCCGGAGCAUGAAAAAAGAAGAUCAAUGCUUUGCUUUUGUUUUUCAA